AUGGAGCACCUCGGGGCUCACCACCUUCACCAAGGCCAAGCCGAGCCCAUCAGCUUCGGCAUCGACCAGAUCCUCAACACGUCGGAGCCGGGCAGCUGCAUGGUGUCUCACCCGCGGCUGCAGGACUCGGCGGACUACGGGCUGGGCUGCAUCGUGGGCAGCGCCUACAACACAGUCACGGGCAGCUACGGGGCCAGCGGCGGUACGGCCGGUGCCUACACCGGCACCUCCUGCAGCAUGGGUGGCCUGCCCGGCUCCUACAACGUGAACAUGGCGGUGAGCAUGAACGGCAACACCUUGAGCUCGGCCGGGGGAGUGAUCCGCGUCCCGGCCCAUCGCCCGGUAGCUGGCGGAGUGCACCAGCCCCUCUCCGCCGCCGUCCCGGCCGUGAACGGCAUGAAUAGUCUCACGGGGCUCACCUUUCCCUGGAUGGAGAGCAACAGGCGGUACACAAAAGACAGGUUCACAGGUCACCCCUACCAGAACCGCACUCCCCCCAAGAAGAAGAAGCCGCGCACCUCCUUCACCCGCCUGCAGAUCUGCGAGCUGGAGAAGCGCUUCCACCGACAGAAGUACCUGGCCUCGGCCGAGCGGGCUGCCCUGGCCAAAGCCCUCAAGAUGACGGACGCCCAGGUGAAGACCUGGUUCCAAAACCGACGCACCAAGUGGAGGAGGCAGACGGCGGAGGAGCGGGAGGCCGAGCGACAGCAAGCAAACCGCAUCCUCAUGCAGCUGCAGCAGGAGGCCUUCCAAAAAACCAUCAACCAGCCCAUCCAAGCCGACCCCAUCUGUGUCCACAACUCCUCUCUCUUCGCCCUCCAGAACCUCCAGCCUUGGUCUGAUGACUCCACCAAAAUCACCAGUGUCACCACUGUUGCCUCCGCUUGCGAAUGA